GUGACGACGACGACGAUGGCCACGCAGUCGGGCCCGACGCGGCCGGCCUCGGCGGCGAGCGGGGCCGCCCCGCAGGGCCCCGGGCCGAGGGCCGCCUCGCAGGGCCCCGGGCCGAGGGCCCCCCCGCAGGGCCCCGGGGAGCAGCUGGCGGGCAGGGAGCGCUGGGGGCCCGGCGCCCCAGCCAUGGCGCUGCUGAGCGAGCGGCAGGGAGACAGUGUGGCGGCGCUGCAGGCGCUGGCGGAGAGCAGAGCCCUUCCCGAGCAGCUGCCCCUGGAGGAGCUGACGAGGCUGCCCAGCCGCCCCUUGCAGCUGCCGGCGCCCCUGGCCGCGCCCGCGUCUCUCGAGGAGGCCCUGUCCAACGGCUUCCGCUCGCUCGGCAUGGAGCACGAGAGGAUAGAGACGGCCCAGCAGUUCUUCACGUGGUUCUCCAAGGUGCAGGAUCAGAUCAAUGAGGAUGAGGAUUCCGGCUACAGGCACGUGCGCGAGUCCCUGUACGGCUACAGCGAGCAGUGCGACGCGAUGCUGCACGACGUCGACCUGGCGCUGCGGGAGCUGCAGCUGCUGGAGCAGCAGUACGUGCUCGUGUCCACCAAGACCGGGGCGCUGCACUCGGCCUGCGAGGAGCUGCUCAUGCAGCAGUCCAAGCUCGUGGAGCUGGCAGAAGACAUCCAACAGAAGCUGUCUUACUUCAACGACCUGGAGAAUAUCAGCACGAAGCUGAACAACCCCAGCUUGGCCGUGACGAGCGAGGGCUUUGUGGCGACGCUGGUCAAGCUGGACGACUGCAUCUCCUACAUCUCCUCCCACCCGGGCUUCAAGGACUUCCCCACGUUCCUGCACAAGCAGCAGCAGUGCCUGUCGCGUGCCCUGCUGCUCAUGAGGACCUCCGUCGUGUUCACGCUGCAAAAGCUGACGGCCACGCUCAGCAAGCGGGAUGCCACCGUGCCGGUCACGGACGACGGCUUCACGCUCUUCUAUGUCAAGUUCCGGGCCGCGGCCCCCAGAGUACGGAGCCUGAUUGAGCAGAUAGAGCAGCGCUCGGAGAAGAGUCAAGAGUACCAGACAUGCCUGACCGACAUCCACCUGUGCUACCUGGAGCAGAGGGACGCGCUGCUGAGGCCCAGCAUCUCCGCCACCAUCGGCGAGAUGACGCAGCACAGCGUGCGCGACCACUGCGCGCUGGUGCGCAGCGGCUGUGCCUUCAUGGUCCACGUCUGUCAGGACGAGCAUCGCCUGUUCAGCGAGUUUUUCUCACGGCCAUCGCCAAGGCUUGAUGAGCUUCUGGAGCGGCUGUGCCUGCUGUUUUACGAUGCAUUCCGUCCUCUGAUCAUCCACGUCAUGCACCUGGAGACGCUGUCCGAGCUCUGCUCAAUCCUCAAAUCCGAGAUGCUGGAUGACCACUACCACAACAACCGGGAGGAGCUGGCCGCGUUUGCUAUCAUCGUGCGCCAGAUGCUGGGGGACGUGCAGGAGCGCCUCGUCUAUCGCACCCACAUCUACAUCCAGACGGACAUCCUGGGCUACAGGCCGGCGCCCGGUGACCUCGCCUACCCGGACAAGCUGCACAUGAUGGAGCAAAUCGCGCAGAGCCUGCAGGAGGAGAGUGCGGCUGGCGGGCGGCCACAGCCGCCCUCCUUCUCCGAGGUGGCGCUGGAGGAUACCGCCCGGCGGAGCUCUGUGCCGGCUGGGGGAUCUGUGCUGAAGACCUCAGUCCCUGUGUCCCCAGCCGACCUCCAUGGCAUGUGGUUCCCCACGGUGCGGAGGACUCUCCUCUGCCUCUCCAAGCUCCACCGCUGCAUGGAGAAACCGGUGUUCCAGGGCCUGUCCCAGGAGGCGCUCUCCGCCUGUAUCAAGUCUCUGCUCUCAGCCAGUGAGGCCAUCACCAAGAAGAAGACGGUGACAGACGGGCAGCUCUUCCUCAUAAAGCACCUACUCAUCCUGCGGGAGCAGAUCGCCCCCUUCCACGCGGACUUCACCAUCAAGGAGGUUUCCCUGGACAUGCGCAAGACUAAAGAGGCGGCGUACAAGAUGCUGACCCCUCGCACCGUCUCAAAACUCUUCCGUCUCAACAGCCACAACGCCAUCCUGGAGUUCAUCCUGCAGGGCACACCGGAGGUGAAGGAGCACUUCAUGGACUCGAAGAAAGACGUGGACCGGCAGCUCAAGGCCACGUGCGAGCAGUUCAUCCAGCAGCAGAGCAGCCAGCUCGUGGGGCCGCUCAAGGACCUCGUAGCCAAGGUGGCUGCUCUGAAGGCCAUGGCGAGCCAGGGAGGACCCAGCUACUCGUUGCACCAACAGCCCUGGGCUAAGCCCGAGAAGAUUCAGGAGGUGGUGUCAUCCUCGUACCGCGCGCUCAAGAGCCGCGUGCCCAGCGUUCAGCGCAGCAUGGCGCUGUACCUGGCCAACGGCGACACGGAGGCCAUCCUCUUCAAGCCCAUCAAGAACAACGUGCAGCAGGCGUUUGAGCACCUGCAGGCCGUGCUUGCCGAGGAGUUCUCGGAGGAGGACCUCCAGAUCAUCGCCUGCCCCUCACCCGAGCAGGUGAACCUGCUGCUGGUGCUGACGAAGUAGCGCAAGCUCCCCACGAGGGGGCAGCAGUCGCCUGGUGCAUUCUGGGAGUCGCGUCUUUCUUCGCUGGUGAUCACGAGGUCAAGAGGUCGCAACACAAUGUGGGAACAGGCCCUGAGAAGCAAGGACUUCUUUCAGAAGAGAACCCACCGGUGUCAUGGAUUCACAGGCCCUUGCGAAAGUGUCCCAUAAUGCCUCUGUUUAUUGCAGAGGUCACACAAACCUACAAUUCGGCUUUGCUAUUGUCUCUCUUUUUGGGGGUGUUUGGCCGCUCUUACGGCGGCAAUUCCUAAAUGCCACGUGCUAGGCGUGGUGGGGUAGACCUGUAAACUUGGCUCUUUGUGAGAGGUGGGUUAGGUGGAUCGCACAGAGAUCAUCGCGUGAAUUAUACUCCCAGCCUGCUUAGCUGUGAGGUGGCAGUACAGCAAACGGGUUUAAAACAAUAAUUGGUAAAUUGGUCAAACAUCACAAUGCAGUUCUCACCCGAGUCGUUAGACUUGGUGAAGCUCUGUUGGAUAAAUAAUAAAGAUAUUUUGUUAUUGUUA